AUGGAGUUUGCCUAUAAUAAUAGCUACCACUCAAGUAUCGGGAUGUUGCCCUACGAUGCUUUGUAUGGAAGACAGUGUAGGACUCCAAUUUAUUGGGAUGAAGUAGGUGAGAAGAGAUUGGAAGUAUCUAAAGAUGUUGAGUCUACAAAGGAGAAGGUCAAACUGAUCAGAGAAAGACUCAAAGCAGCACAAGACUGA